AUGAAAGCAUACUGGUACGAUGACAAGCCGGGCGAUCAGCGCGAACCUCAUGACUCUGGCCGUCCUGUGACGCUGGCUUAUUUGGCAUCCAUUGGGGUCCUGUACCACCACCUUCCCUCUAUCGAGUCAGUCGAUGCACUGGCUAAGGAGCGCGGAUAUAAGAACCGCGAUGAGAUCGUUGUCUCGCCACAGACAAUGGGUGACGCAUACGAAGACAAGGUGAAGAUGUUCUUCCAUGAACACCUGCACGAAGAUGAGGAGAUUCGUUAUAUCCGUGACGGCGAGGGAUACUUCGACGUACGUGGUCAGGAAGAUGAGUGGGUUCGCAUCAAGCUGGAGAAGGAUGACCUGAUCAUUCUUCCCGCCGGUAUCUAUCAUCGGUUCACUACCGAUGACAAUAACUAUGUCAAGGCCAUGCGUCUCUUCCAAGAGGAACCCAAGUGGACUCCUUUGAACCGAGGCGCCGAUGUCGAUUUAAACUCUCACCGUCAAACUUAUCUUCAAAAGGUUCAAAACAAUGCUCUGGCCUAG